CUCUGCGGGAGGAGGAAAUUGGGAAGAAGGAGGUAAAAAAGACACUACAAUGGGUAACAUCUUCGCCAAUUUAUUUAAAGGCCUGUUUGGGAAGAAGGAAAUGAGAAUUCUCAUGGUGGGCUUGGAUGCAGCUGGAAAAACCACCAUCCUGUACAAAUUAAAGCUCGGCGAGAUUGUGACCACCAUCCCAACCAUAGGUUUUAAUGUAGAAACUGUAGAAUAUAAGAAUAUCAGUUUCACAGUCUGGGAUGUGGGUGGCCAGGAUAAAAUCAGACCCCUGUGGCGCCAUUAUUUCCAGAAUACUCAAGGUCUCAUCUUUGUGGUUGAUAGUAAUGACAGAGAGAGAGUCAACGAAGCCAGAGAGGAGCUAACAAGGAUGCUUGCAGAAGAUGAGUUGAGGGAUGCAGUGUUGCUAGUGUUUGCAAACAAGCAGGACCUUCCAAAUGCCAUGAAUGCUGCAGAGAUCACAGAUAAAGUGGGUCUGCAUUCACUUCGUCAUCGAAACUGGUACAUUCAGGCCACCUGUGCCACUAGUGGAGACGGCUUAUAUGAGGGUUUGGACUGGCUCUCAAAUCAGCUCAAAAACCAGAAGUGAUCACUCUUAGUGAACACUGCCCUUUCCCUAUCCACCUCGCCUCCACCUACCUGUCACCUUGUUCAGCAUCUCUGCAGAGCUGCCAGCACCUCUGCAGCCUCUGUUUGUGUGUGCUUGUUCGCGCCUGUGCGAGUGGGAGCAGUGAUCUCACACUGUGCCUUAAACAUGCUUAGCAGUAUUAACUUAUCAAAAACACUACCCACCACUCACAUAUCUGAGCAGCUAACCAUUACCCCUUUUACUGCUGCUGGAGAGAGGGGGAGACUGAUUAUGAUACCUGGUCCUGCCAACGGUUUAACUUGUUUUUUCUGCAGUACUCAGGUAAAGUUUACCAGAGCAGUUUCAGACUUUUAGAAAGUGCUGCUACUGUCAUGGCAACAAUUAUAGUAACGUCUUGGAUGUGGUUUGUUACUGGUUAAUUUGAAGGUUAAUUUUAAGUGGCAAUAUUGUUUUGUGGACCAGCAUAAUAGUUAUUUUGUAAAUUAAUUGUAUUGCUUUCCAAAUUUUGGUUUAGCUUCUUGUAUGUAUGGUUAAAGGUACAGUGGACUUGGUUGUUUUUAAAGGCAUACUCCCACGUGCAUGUGUUAAAAAAUAAAUUAAAAUAAUAAUAAAUAAAAAAAAAUACAAAUCUAUAUAUUUCUCCCCUUUUUUGAGUUUCCAACAUUUGUACAGAUGCAUCAAAUAGGUGGUCAUCUCACCUUUUUGUCCUGAAUUAUCCCUUUAGAUUUGGGAUAUGUUGUCUAUAGUGACUUGUAUCUGCAGUCAGAAAUAUGUAAAAAGCAACAUAGUUCCCUUUUGAUUCCUAUAGCUUCCCCAUAAUAUCCCAUGGUUAAGGAAGUCCUAGCUGCUCAAAAGCCUUUCUGGUAAAUCUGUACAUAAGGGAAUGCUGUUAUUUUAUAUUUAGGUAAAGAUCUUUUUGAAGUGAAUUCCAAGAAGCUGUAAGUAAAUGUAAUAUUAAUUUGUGUUGCAAAACUUGUUUUCUCUAUAAAUGGACACAUACAAAUAUAAACCCAUCCUACCUUGCUUGUUUUAAUUUUAUACUAUGUUCAUGUAAAAUGUCACCAGCAUUUUUCAUCAUGUUUCUCUACAAGACCUUCAUGUAAUAUUGCUAGCCAAGCUUGUGGAGGCUUCUGAGAUGUCUGCUCCCACUCCUUAACUAUUUGUUUAAUGUAUUUUAAUGGGAUUACCAACGUUUCGGUAUGUCCUACUUUAGAAGGAAAUUUGUACAGUAAUCUAAUUUACUAACCAUUUUCAUUUAUUUUUUAUUUUUGUGUCUUUUAAUUUGGUGCCCCUCUGCUUAUAGACUCAUUAGAAGAACUGUUAUUGGGCCUUUAAAGAACAGUGGAGGCGAGGGUUACAGGUGAAAGUGGCUUUCUCAGGGAGCAAUAUCCCUGAGGAGUAUUUAAACAACUUAACUGGACUUGGCAAUUUGCCUUGUCUGCAUGUCGGGGGGGAAAAAAAUCCCUUAAGUAGAGCUGUCCUGAUUCUGCACUUUUAGGGUCAAGACAGGUUUACUGGCUGCGUCCGGAGAAUGCUCUGGGGAAUAUCCAUUACUUAGAGAGAGAAAAAAUAUCCUCAAUUGGAUGUAUCCUUAAGGUCAUCAAAUAUAAGUAUACAAUUCUAUCAAUCAUUGAGUUUAUAUAAUUGUCACAUCAUUUAGUCGUGAAAAACAUCCAGAAUUAAAUGUUUUGGCAAAUUUCUUAUUGAUGGCAGAUUUUCAAGAGUUCACCUCUGAUUGCUUUGGCUAUGAUGUAUUACUGAAUAGUCACAACUUUGGCAUACAAUACAUUUUCAAAAUUGUUAGCAAAAUUUUUAUUUAAAUGAACAAUUACUAAUGUAACUGUUUUAAACUUGAAUAGGUUUUUAUCAAUUGGGGCAAUGUAUCCCAAACAAAAGGGAGAAUUUUUGCCACUUCAUUAGACUUUAUAAAAAAGAUUGCUUGGUAUUAAUAAUACAUCUCUUAAGCAGCUAAAUGUGCAGUUAAGGUCAGGUUUUCUGUGGAUAAUCUGCCACCUUAUUUUGCCCUUCAUGGCAAACAAUCGUUAACACCAGCAUUUUUUUCUUUUUUAAUCAAAAUAUAUAUUUACAAAAAAAAAAGCCUGGUCAAAUCUUAGAUGGUAGUUUGUUUCACCUCGUACUUGAGACUAGGAAUAUAACACUGCAGAAGUUUGGAUACCCUAGUAUAUAAUUAUGGGUAGACCAUGUUCAUUUUAAACCAAAUCUAAGAUUUAUCAACCAUCUGUAUUGGGUUUGGAGAAUGUUGAUCUUUUAAAAAUUUAGGAAAAUAUAUAUAUUUACUGACGUCUGUAAAUGAGACCGUUUUUCAUAUCUUCAUUCAUAAAAAAACAAACAAAAAAACUUUGAAGCUUUACAGCUAAAUUUUCUUUAUUUCUUGUAUAAAUUUAUUAUGAAGUGUGAUAUAAGUGAUGUAUAAUUGGACCUAGGUUUGAUUUUCUUCUUUUUGUUUUAUUUCUUAACUAUGUUGUAAUUUGUCUGAAAUGCACUAUAAUAAAGAGAUCUGUUCUAAAAAAAAGAACAA